CAUCUGACAUAAGUGAGAUAACCUAACCUGUGAAGUUUUCUUGGUAAUUUAGUAAUUUUUGCGUCUUGCAUUUUUAUUUUUUUCUCAAACAGCUGGAAUAAUUAUUUCACCUCAUUAUAUAGUGAAAUUUUAACAAUAUUCUGUGAAAAUGAAAGUCAACAUGCAACAUGGAAACUAUUACCUGAAUUAAGUACCUGCUUUCUAUCUAGAAAACAUGAGUUCAUAUUCGAUUUCAGAUUACCUUGAUGAUCUGACUUCAUCCAGGAGAAGAGGUACAAAAAACAAUGAUGUUAAUUAUUCCAAGUUGCCCACAAGUGAUCAAGGAUUCACUGAUGCCCAGUUCUUAGUUCCUGCACAGAAAGUACCAUGGAAAGCCAUAGUGUUAGCUACAAUGUUGCUAGUUGUUGGUACUACACUUCUAGUUUUUGGGUGCAUGGUGAUUUCUGGACACAUCAAUGUUCAAUAUGCCAACAGAAUGUGGCCUAUGGUCAUAUUGGGAGCUCUCAUGGUUAUUCCUGGUGCAUAUCAUGUUAGAAUUGCUUACUAUGCAUAUAAAGAAGUGCCAGGGUAUUCUUUUGAUGAUAUUCCUGAAUUUGAAUGAGUCAUAG